CGUUCCCUGGAAAACCAGCUCCUCAAUUCUUCUCCGAUCUCCCUCUCCCAAUUCCCAAACCCUCCAAAACCAGCUACUUCUAUCUAAUAUCUAUGUCGCAGCAGCAAGGUCAAAUUCCAAUAAAUCCCAUGGUUCCCCAGCAGAACCCAAUGGCACCAUCCAUUCCUAUGCACAUGAACAUGCACAUGCAUAUCCCCAACAUGAACAUCAACAUGCCCAUGCCCAUGAGCAUGCCUCUUCCCAUGCAGAUGCAGAUGCACCAUAUUCCACUCCCUCACCCCCAGCUUCCCCUCCAGGUUUCCUAUGACACCUCCAUCGCUGGAACCCCAUCGUCCGGCGGCAAGCGCCGCCGUGAGGACGAGGCUCCCGGCACCGCCGCCGAUGCAGAUUUGUUUGCGGCGAAGCGCGCCAAGGGACAGGACGUGAUAUUCAGGAUCGUGGUUCCGUCGAGGCAGAUCGGGAAGGUCAUUGGGAAAGAAGGUUGCAGAAUACAGAAGAUUCGAGAAGCUACCAGAGCCACCAUCAAAAUCGCCGACGCUAUAGCUAGACAUGAAGAGCGUGUUAUCAUUAUUAGUUCUAAAGACAAUGAAGAAAAGGUUACUGACGCAGAGAAAGCUCUAGAGCAAAUAGCCAAUUUAAUUUUGAAGGAAGAUGAUAGCAAUCUUGAAGCAUUAAAAGUUGCAGUAGGACAUGUGGCUGCCAAUACAAUAAGACUCUUGAUUGCUGGGUCCCAGGCAGGUGGAUUGAUAGGGGUAUCUGGUCAAAACAUUGAGAAGUUGAGGAAUUCCUCUGGUGCCACAAUUACAGUUCUUGCACCAAACCAGUUGCCUUUAUGUGCUUCUGCCCUUGAAUCUGAUAGAGUUGUACAGCUAUCAGGAGAUGUUCCUGCAGUAAUGAAGGCUUUGGAGGAGAUAGGUUGUCAACUAAGGGAAAACCCCCCGAGACAAGUUAUUUCAAUCAGCCCAACGUAUAAUUAUGCUGCAAUUCGACCAUCACAAACAUAUCUUGAUCCAACUUCAGUUGAUUAUGUUACGUUCGAGAUGCUGAUUUCGGAAACAAUGGUUGGUGGGUUGAUUGGUAGAUGCGGAUCAAAUAUAUCAAGGAUCAGAAGCGAGUCUGGAGCCAUGAUAAAGGUUUAUGGCGGAAAAGGUGAACAGAAGCAUAGGCAUAUUCAAUUUGGCGGCAGUGCUGAACAGGUAGCAUUGGCAAAACAGAGAGUUGAUGAAUAUAUAUACUCUCAGUUGAUACAACAAGCUGGCGCUCAACAAUCAACUUGCCAAAGAUGACAAACCUCAAAAGAUUCCUGUCUAUCGCUCAAUCUACUGCCAUGAAUCCCAGAUUUGUUGGUUCCCUUCCCCUUGCCCUUGGGUCCUGGACUCUGGUGCUUGUUUAGUUGUUUAUGUUAAUAAGAUUAAGAUGUUGACUUAGUGGAUAGCUCUGGUUUGCCGUAUAUUUAAUAGUGUUAUAUUAAUAUUAUAUUUAAUUGUAGUGGAUAUUCAGCUGUUUAUUUUGAAACUUCUCUAAGCAUGUAUCAUAUGAAUUGUUUUAGUAUAGUUCAAGAUAUAUAUGUUUUCUAGUAUAAAAAUCUUGUGUUUAUACAUUGAGGUUUUGGCCUAGCUUUGAAAUUUUUUUUAGACUGGCUUUAUGAGUUUA